UAUCCACAUAUUGUAAGAUGGUCCUGAGUGUAUCUGGAAUGAUGUUAAGAUGGUCCUCUUCCAUCUCCUCCGCCACGCCCUUCACCUCUUCAACGAAUCGUAGUCCUCCAAAGACACGCCGUGGUUUUCGGGUGGAGUCGUUGAAGCGGAGUUCGAAACCAGCGUCUGCGGAGUUGGUGAAGGACCCCAAUAAGGACUUGUCCCGCAUUCUCCGAACCGAAGCCGCCAUCAGAGGCGUUCAUAACAAGGCCAAGUCUUCCUCCCACAAACAGCUCUGGCCCAAGGCCCUUCUCGAAUCCCUCGACGACGCCAUCAAACGCUGUCGUUCGCACUCCGCUCUCGAGAUUUUUGCACUCCUUCGUAAGCAAUACUGGUAUCAACCACGAUGCCGAACGUAUGCAAAGCUUUUGAUGAUGCUCGGCAAGUGCAGGCAGCCUGAAGAGGCUUCUCUGCUCUUUGAGAUCAUGUUGUCUGAAGGCCUUAAACCUACUGUUGAUGUCUACACUGCUCUUGUAAGUGCUUAUGGUCAAAGUGGUCUCCUUGAUCAGGCUUUUUCUACUGUUGAAGAUAUGAAAUCAGUUGUUGACUGCGAACCAGAUGUAUAUACUUAUUCUAUUCUUAUCCGUUGUUGUGCGAAAUUUCGUCGUUUUGAUCUGAUUGAACAUGUUCUAGCAGAGAUGUCGUAUCUGGGCAUCAAAUGCAACUGUGUGACGUAUAAUUCUAUCAUUGAUGGAUAUGGUAAGGCUAGCAUGUUUGAACAGAUGGAUGAUGCAUUGAAUGAUAUGAUUGAAAAUGGAAACUCCCACCCGGAUGUUUUCACGCUGAAUUCUUUUGUUGGAGCAUAUGGAAAUGCUGGGCAAAUCGAUAAGAUGGAGAAGUGGUAUGAUGAAUUUCAGCUAAUGGGGAUAAAGCCAGACAUAACAACGUUCAAUACGAUGAUAAAGUCCUAUGGAAAAGCUGGCAUGUAUGAGAAGAUGAAGACUGUUAUGGAUUUCAUGGAGAAGAGGUUUUUCACUCCAACGAUCGUAACAUAUAAUACUGUCAUUGAGGUGUUUGGCAAAGCUGGAGAGAUUGAGAAAAUGGAUCAACACUUUCUGAAGAUGAAGCAUCUAGGAGUGAAGCCUAAUUCUAUAACUUAUUGCUCACUUGUUAGUGCUUAUAGCAAAGUUGGGUGCAUUGACAAAGUUGACUCAAUCAUGAGGCAUGUUGAAAAUUCUGAUGUAGUAUUGGAUACUCCCUUCUUUAAUUGCAUAAUUAGUGCCUAUGGUCAGGCUGGCAACUUAAAAAAAAUGGGCGAGUUAUUCUUGGCUAUGAGAGAAAGAAAAUGUGAACCUGAUAACAUCACUUUCGCUUGCAUGAUCCAGUCAUACAACACCCAAGGCAUGACUGAGGCUGUUCAAAACUUGGAAAACAUGAUGAUUUCUGCCAAAAGUAGCUUGGGCACUAAGUUGAUUGGAUGCUAGCAUAGAUAAUUGUGAUUGAAGACUUAACAAUUCUACUCAUGGUGAUCCUGAUUUGGAAAUCUUUGAGAACUUCAGCAGGGAUUCUAUAGAUGAUAUAGCAUUGGAGUGCAUGUUGCUUGAAGAUAUAAAAAAUGUUGGGUUUUAUUUAUCAUAAUCUCAAGUGUAGUUUCAAUCAAUUUUGGUGUCCUGCAUACCAUUAUGUAUGCAACUCAGUCAACCAAUUGGGUUAGGUGUUCAAUUUUGAAAGACAGACUACGAUACCCGGUGCUUUGCAGUCUAUACAGCUCAUACCCACCUUGCUUACUGAUAUUGCAAUGUGCUGUAUGGAUGGGUUGUUGCAUCCCAAAUUUCCAAUAAUACCAUAGCGUAUCACCAAAAAUGCUAGUAACACUAACAUUUUUCUUUUGACAUACUCUCUUCUAUUGGGUGAAAUUUAUGUUGGUCCCAUUAAAUAUGCAAGUCUCUUCUCAUUUAGUGGGUUUCGUUCCAAAACUAGUAGGACCUACAUGAAUUUUAACAAGUAGAAAAUAGUGUUACAAAGGAAGUGUUGGUGUUUUAUUUGCACUUUUCUUUAUACCACCAAAAAUCCUCAAAGCAAAUGAGUUGUGCACCAAGUAAUUGCAUAGUUUGUCUAUAAUGUAUGAAAUAUAAUAAAGUCCAUCCAUUUAAUUGUUAAAAUGAAUGUGCUUCUAUGCUUGUGGAUUUGUCAUUACUUGAAUGUAUUAUUACUACUUUGUGUGU